UAGAGGUUUAAUGAGUGCAAUCUCUUGCCUCACAGUCACAGCAAAGGAAGCAGCUAUAUCAACCUGUUGGGAGAAAACUGAGAACGCUUCAACUGGUUCAAAAACAGGUGCCUGAGCUAACAAACAUCUUCACACAGACAUGGAUGAUCUUCAAAAGAACGCAAUGAGGAUCGUUCUGGUGGGGAAGACAGGAAGUGGAAAAAGUGCAACAGUAAACACGAUCCUUGGAAAGGCACUCUUUCAAUCUGGAAUAAAUGCUCAGUCUCUUACCAACAGCUGCCAAAAAGCAUUCAGGGACUGGAAUGGGAGGAAACUCCUUAUUGUAGACACCCCAGGGCUCUUUGACACCGAGGAGAAACUGGAUACCACCUGCAGGGAAAUCAGUAAGUGUGUCCUUUUCUCCUGCCCGGGGCCUCAUGCCAUUGUCCUGGUCAUGCAGCUGGGCCGCUACACAGUAGAAGAACAGAAAACGGUCGCACUGAUAAAGACUCUCUUUGGAAAGUCAGCAGUGAAGCACAUGGUCAUCUUGUACACUCGCAAAGAAGAGCUGGAGAACCGUAGCCUCGAUGACUUUUUAGCAGAGGCAGAUGUGAACCUAAAAUGCCUCAUCCAGGAGUGUGGGAACCGCUGUUACGCCAUCAGCAACAAAGCAGAGGCGGCUGAGAAGCAAGUUCAAGUGCAGGGGCUGAUGGAGCUCAUAGAGAAAAUGGUGCAGGGAAAUGAAGGGAAAUACUUUUCUGAGAAGAUAUAUGAGGACAUAGAGGCAAAACUGCAAAAAAAGGAGGAAAAUUUAAAGAAAAUAUAUGCUGAUCAGUUACAAAAUGAAAUUAAGUUUAUAGAAAAUGAUCCUAGUCUUAAAUCAGAGGAAGAAAAAGCUGAGAAAAUAAAAAAGGCAAAGAUGAAACAUGCUGAAAUUAUUAAGAAUAUAAAGGAAGAAGCUGAGGAAAGUCUAUUUGAAUAUAUCUUCAAUCUGAUUAAGCAGUUCCUUCAGAACAUAUGGUCAAAAUUUUGGCAGUAAAAUAAAUGCAAUCAUUGCCUUUUAUUUACCUUGAUAUGUUAAUGUGGUGGAUUGUAUUUUCCAAAAUUUUUAUGGUAAUAUCUCCCUUACAUAAGACUGAUUAUGGUGAAAUUGAAAAACAAGCAUUAUGUCCACUUAAGUUUCAAAAUAUAAUGUGUAUGCAUACAGUAUGAAAUGAUUAAAUAAAAAGUUACUAUAUCAUUGA